UCUAUUUAGACCUGCCGUGGGAGGAGUUGAGCAUCGCUGUUGCUUCUCUCUUCUGUUUUUUCUCCUCUGCCUCCCUGCGCUUGUGCUGAGCUGUGACAGCGAGUGUUUCUCAUCCGCCCUUGGUCUUGAAAGUCACCUAUCAGCCUCUCCCUCUUUGCCACCAUCGUUCUCUCUCGUAUCUUACCACCGAGGGACCGUCGCUAUGGCGCACGCCGCAGCCAGCAUCAAAAAAGCCCGUGUCGAGAUGGAGCAAGCUCCCGACUUGAAGGCCCUGGAGAAAGCCCGCGAGAAAAGGAGGCGCUCGCGGGAGAGAGCCGAGCGGAGGCGUAAGUCGGACAGUAACACCAGCUUCCUCCGAGCCGCACGGGCGGGAAAUAUUGACAAAGUACUGGAGUUUUUGAAGGGAGGCGUGGACAUCGGCACAUCAAAUCAGAAUGGCCUCAAUGCUCUGCACCUGGCAGCGAAGGAAGGACAUUUGGAUUUGGUCCAGGAGCUUUUGGGGAGAGGAUCUUCUGUGGAUUCUGCAACAAAGAAAGGAAACACAGCACUUCAUAUCGCUUCCCUAGCAGGACAAGUGGAAGUUGUGAAGAUCCUGGUCAAGAGAGGAGCAGACAUUAAUUCACAAUCUCUGAAUGGAUUCACACCGCUGUACAUGGCAGCUCAGGAGAACCAUUUGGACGUGGUGCGAUAUCUUUUAGAGAACGGAGGGAAUCAGAGCACUGCUACAGAGGAUGGCUUUACACCUUUGGCGAUCGCACUGCAGCAAGGUCAUAAUCAGGUGGUGUCGAUUCUUCUGGAGAACGACACAAAGGGUAAAGUACGUUUGCCUGCCCUGCACAUCGCCGCUCGAAAAGACGACACCAAAUCUGCUGCCCUGCUGCUACAGAACGACCACAAUGCCGAUGUUCAGUCGAAGAUGAUGGUUAAUAGGACCACUGAGAGUGGAUUUACACCCCUGCACAUCGCAGCUCACUAUGGGAAUGUAAACGUGGCGACCCUGCUGCUCAAUCGAGGGGCCGCGGUGGAUUUUACCGCCAGGAACGGGAUCACUCCUCUACAUGUCGCGUCUAAGAGGGGAAACACUAAUAUGGUCCAUUUGCUGUUGGAGAGAGGAGCUCAGAUUGAUGCCAAAACAAGGGAUGGCCUCACGCCUUUACACUGUGCAGCAAGGAGUGGACACGACACAGCAGUCGAACUCUUACUGGAGAGAGGAGCACCAAUGCUGGCCAGAACCAAGAACGGUUUAUCUCCGCUCCACAUGGCAGCGCAGGGUGACCAUGUGGAGUGUGUUAAACACCUGCUGCAGCACAAGGCCCCUGUUGAUGAUGUCACACUGGAUUAUCUGACCGCCCUCCAUGUUGCCGCCCACUGUGGUCACUACAGAGUUACCAAACUUCUGCUGGACAAGCGAGCCAAUCCGAACGCCCGAGCCCUGAACGGUUUUACUCCGUUACACAUUGCCUGCAAGAAAAACAGAGUGAAAGUGAUGGAGCUCUUGGUCAAAUAUGGCGCUUUCAUUCAAGCAAUCACUGAGUCUGGUCUCACACCCAUCCAUGUGGCAUCUUUCAUGGGUCAUCUCAACAUUGUUCUUCUGCUCCUGCAGAACGGAGCUUCACCGGAUGUCAGCAACAUACGAGGAGAGACAGCUCUACACAUGGCUGCACGUGCCGGGCAGGUGGAAGUUGUUCGCUGUCUGCUGAGAAACGGAGCCAUGGUGGAUGCAAGAGCGAGGGAGGAUCAGACUCCGCUUCACAUCGCUUCUCGUCUGGGUAAAACCGAGAUCGUCCAGCUCCUCCUCCAGCACAUGGCUCACCCGGAUGCUGCCACCUCAAACGGUUACACUCCUCUCCACAUCGCCGCUCGUGAGGGACAUCUGGAUGUGGCGACAGUGUUGCUGGAGGCCGGGGCUGCGCACUCUUUAGCUACCAAGAAAGGCUUCACGCCUCUACAUGUGGCAUCAAAGUACGGCAGCCUGGAUGUGGCCAAACUACUUUUGCAGCGACGAGCGUCUCCAGAUUCAGCUGGAAAGAACGGUCUCACUCCUCUACAUGUCGCUGCUCACUAUGAUAACCAGAAGGUGGCGCUCCUGCUUUUGGACAAAGGGGCAUCUCCCCACGCCACAGCUAAGAACGGAUACACUCCCCUCCAUAUCGCUGCCAAGAAGAAUCAGAUGGAAAUAGCCACCACGCUGCUACAGUACGGCGCAGAGACCAACAUCCAGACCAAACAGGGCGUGACUCCACUUCAUCUGGUCUCUCAAGAGGGUCACAGCGAGAUGGCGGCUCUUCUUCUGCAGAAAGGAGCUCACGUCAAUGCCCCCACAAAAAGUGGUCUGACAUCCCUUCAUCUUGCUGCCCAAGAGGACAAAGUUGGUGUUGGUGAGAUCUUAGUAAAAAAUGGAGGCAACAUCGACCAACAGACCAAAUUGGGAUACACACCUUUGAUCGUGGCCUGUCACUAUGGGAAUGCUAAGAUGGUGAACUUUCUGUUGACAACUGGAGCCAGCGUCAAUGCUAAAACAAAGAAUGGUUACACACCUUUGCAUCAGGCUGCACAACAAGGCAACACACACAUUAUUAAUGUUUUACUUCAGUAUGGAGCCAAACCAAAUGCCAUCACUGUGAAUGGAAACACAGCUUUGGCCAUCGCGCGUCGUCUUGGGUACAUUUCUGUUGUUGACACAUUGAAGGUUGUAACAGAGGAAAUUAUCACAACCACAACGACGGUGACAGAGAAACACAAGCUGAAUGUCCCAGAGACAAUGACAGAGAUCCUGGAUGUGUCUGAUGAAGAAGGUGAUGACACAAUGACAGGUGAUGGGAUUGAAUAUCUGAGAGCCGAGGAUUUACGAGAGUUAGGAGAUGAUUCUUUACCUGGCCAGUACCUGGAUGGAAUGAAUUACCUGCGAUUCAGUUUAGAAGGUGGACGAUCUGACAGUUUGGACAGAUCUUACACAUCCACUCAGCAAGGCUACUACCCUGCAAAGCAUUAUGGGAUGUUUGAGGAUAUGAUUUACGGUAACCAGAUGUCUGCUAGAGAGAAUGAGAAAGACUGGGAAACAGAAAUCCUGGACAACAUCGCUCUGUCCUCAAGCCCGGCUCAUUCAGGUCAUUCUUCUCCAUGUCGUGACCAUGACAACAGCAGUUUUCUGGUAAGUUUUAUGGUGGACGCUCGUGGAGGAGCCAUGCGAGGUUGCCGUCACAACGGUCUGCGGCUCCUCAUCCCCCCGAGGAAAUGCAGCGCCCCUACCCGCGUUACCUGUAGGCUGGUGAAGAGACACCGGUUGGCCAGUAUGCCACCUAUGAUGGAGGGAGAUGGUUUGGCGAGCAGGGUGAUAGAGGUUGGACCUUCUGGAGCUCAGUUCCUUGGUAAGCUCCACCUCCCUCAUGCCCCGCCCCCUCUGAACGAGGGCGAGAGUUUGGUUAGCCGCAUUUUGCAGCUGGGGCCGCCAGGGACAAAAUUCCUGGGGCCCGUGAUCGUAGAGAUUCCUCAUUUUGCGGCUCUCAGAGGAAAAGAGCGAGAGUUGGUCAUCCUGCGCAGUGAGACGGGUGAGAGCUGGAAAGAGCAUCACUGCGAAUAUACUGAAGAAGAACUCAACCAGAUCCUCAAUGGGACGGAUGAGGGACUGGACCCGCCCGAGGAGCUGGAGAGGAAGCGCAUCUGUCGCAUCAUCACUCGAGAUUUCCCACAGUACUUUGCCGUGGUGUCACGUGUGAAACAGGACAGUAAUCUCAUCGGUCCGGAAGGUGGAAUUCUGAGCAGUACGGUUGUCCCACAGGUCCAGGCUGUGUUCCCAGAGGGAGCGCUCACCAAACGCAUUCGUGUUGGCCUCCAGACUCAACCAAUGAUGGUGGACAUAGUGAGAAAGAAUCUGGGUAAUAAAGCCACGUUCAGCCCAAUAGUAACUCUGGAGCCCCGGAGGAGAAAGUUUCAUAAACCCAUUACCAUGACGAUUCCCGUUCCCAAGAGCUCUGCUGAUCCCAACCCCAGCGGCUUUGGGGGAGAUACACCUACAUUACGUUUACUAUGCAGCAUCACAGGUGGGACCACUCCUGCUCAGUGGGAAGAUAUUACUGGGACAACGCCAUUAACAUUUACCAAUGACUGCGUGUCUUUCACCACAAAUGUAUCUGCCAGAUUCUGGCUGAUCGAUUGCAGGCAGGUGCAGGAGUCGGUUAACUUCGCGACUCUAGUGUAUCGUGAAAUCAUCUGUGUACCAUACAUGGCCAAAUUUGUCAUCUUUGCCAAAACGCACGACCCCAUCGAAGCACGACUGCGCUGUUUCUGUAUGACCGACGAUAAAAUGGACAAAACAUUGGAGCAGCAGGAGAACUUCACAGAAGUGGCGCGUAGCCGUGAUGUGGAGGUACUGGAGGGAAAGCCGAUCUUUGCAGAUUGUUUUGGAAAUCUUGUCCCCUUGACCAAAAGCGGUCAGCAUCACGUCUUCAGCUUCUAUGCCUUCAAAGAAAACCGAUUGGCUCUUUUCAUCAAGAUUCGAGACAACACUCAAGAACCCUGCGGACGCUUGUCCUUCACGAAGGAGCCGAGAUCUUACAGGACCUUAUCUCAUAGUGCCAUAUGCAAUCUGAACAUCACACUACCUGCUUACUCAAAGGAAUCAGAUUCAGAACAAGAACCUGAUGAGGAGACAAGCCGAACUCUUGAGAAAUAUGAUGAAGACACUGAGACAACAGAAGCAUCAUACCUGAAAACACAGUUGAUCCGAGACUCACCGGCACUUGCGAGUCCAGAUUUACUUUCGGAAGUCUCAGAGAUGAAGCAAGACCUUAUCAAAAUGACUGCUAUUCUGACCACUGAUUCCUCAGAGAAAGCAGGUCCAAUGCAAGGGGAUUAUUUAGAUAAGGGGGCAGAGGAGGUGUCAGCAGAGCCUUUUGAGAUAAUGGAAAAAGUCAAAGAGGAUCUGGAGAAAGUUAGUGAAAUUCUGAGAAGUGGAACAUUUGACAAGGAAGAGUCUGCGAAAGCUGAGAACCGUUCGUAUAGGAGGGAUGAAGGGUGGGUUCUGCUAACAGACAGUGAAAUUGAAGAAGCCAAAAUGAUGGCAGCCUUUGAAUCUCAAGAAUCACUUCUAAAGGAGGCUAGAGUCAACCGAGGGUCUCAAAGACCAAAGGGCAUGUCCGGCACAGAAACUGUUCAAAGCAGUGAAGUGAAGGAGUAUCUUUUGGAUGUGCCGGAAACAUCUAACCCUGCAUCCCAAGACACAGCAUCGCAGCAAAAGUUCACUGAGGUUGUUCUGCGCAGAGGUGGUCGAAAAAUUGUCCCUACAAUGGUAAAAGACACUAAAACUCAUACAGCAGAAGUAAAAAAGCCAAUCAGACGGAAGGGACCUCACGGGCACACUGAUGAAACACAGUCAUUUAGCACCAAAGAAGUUAUUGUCAGUAAAACCACUGAAAAGACUUCAGAAGGUGAUGUCCUGCUGCCUGUUCCUGGUGACCAAAAAAAGUCUCCUGUGUCACCAGUAGUUGAAGAGACACCAAUUGGUUCCAUUAAAGAGAAAGUUAAGGCUCUUCAAAAGAAAGUAGAGGAAGAACAAAAAGGUCAUAAAAAACAAAUAGUGCAAAACCCCCCAUAUAAAGUAGCAGAAAGCAAAGUGACCUCUAUUGUCAAAGAGCAAAAAACAUCCGGCAUGAAAAGGCAAUCUGCUUCACCCCAGAAACAGACUCCUCCCAGAACAACAAAACCUGAGUCUGAGAAACUAGAAGAAACUAUGUCUGUAAGAGAACUAAUGAGAGCAUUUCAAACAGGCCAAGACCCCUCCAAAAGAAAGUCUGGGCUUUUUGAGCAUAAAGGACCUUCUAAAACAGAGCACACAACAGUUCAACCAGAGGCCACACUCACAAAGUCAGAAUGUCUUCCCCAAGCACCUUCACAUGAAGUGUCCCAUGAUGUUGUAAAGUCUGAAGACCACCAUGAAAAAAGCAAAGAGCUCAAAAUUAGUCCUCACUCAAAACACUUUAAAGAAAUUAAACAAGAUCAAAAGAGUCUUCAGUGCCAGCAAGAUAAAGGUGGUGAAGUUGUGGCCCCUGGACCAGACUCGGGUAUGACAAAAGCAAUUUCAGAAAGAUUGUCAAAACAUGGCACAGACCUUUUGCCCGACAGUGGUACAGAAAACAGUGCAUUUGAUGACAGCCCAGACAGCCUUAAACAUGAAGGAUUGAUCGAGUCACCCAAUGCAAGCCUUGGUGAAGUGGAAGCCACCGCAAGUUCUGAGGAAAGUUACAAACAUGAAGGAAUGGCUGAAACUCCAGAAACAAGCCCUGAAAGCCCCUUAGCAUCACCCCAAAAACCAGCUAUGUCUACACUUGGAAGGACAUCAAAAACAGUGGCGGUCACAUCUAAAGAGAAGACAAGUAAAGUAUCCGUUUCCUUUUCAACUGAGGUGAAGACAACUGGUGAACAGACGUCUGAAGAUACAACUCACCAUCCAACAGUGAACAAAGCAGUGAACAAACAAACAAAAAGUGAGUCAAUAUGUAGUCCUCAUAGUAAAGUAGUUACAUUUGGGGGUGAACAAAGUUCUGUUGAUAAGGACAUUAUUUCUAUAUCAUCUAAACCAUCUAAACCUCGAAAACUGACAAAAAGAGCAUCUGAAACAUUAGAAAGCUUUUUGAGUGAUGAGGAAUCCUUUGAUGGUCAGCCUACACCAACCUCUACUGACCCCCUGGCCUCAAGGGCAGCCACACAGGAUCAUGGUGGUUUAGUGCUGCCUCUUAGACACCAAGAUUCAGAAACCCUAAGUCCAGUAGCCGAUGACUCUUUUCCUAUUAGCCACCGAGACUCUUUAGAGGGUAGUCCUUUGAUAGAAGACAACUCUUCCCAUAAAACCCCAGACUCAAUUGAGCCUAGCCCAACAAAAGAAUCCCCGUGCCGUGACUCCUUAGAAAGCAGUCCCAUAGAGCAGAAAUCCAUCCUGGCUUUUCCACCUUCAGUAGAACAACCCAGUGUGAACACAGGGCACCUGACAUCCUCCAAAGCCCCUGAAAUCCCCCCAGACAUUUUGCGUAGUAGAAUUCACAAAGAACAGGAGGGUAAUGUUGACGAGGACAGUUGUGAGCAGACGUCCCUGAUGACAAGUUCGGGUAAGAGUCCCCUCUCACCUGACACACCUAGUUCUGAAGAGGUAAGUUAUGAGGUCAAUCCUAAAACCCCAGACCCCAUGGUCCUGAUUGUUCCCUUUAAGCCAUCUGUAAUUCCUGAGGAGGCAGUAGAAGAUGAUGAGUUGAAGUGUGGCCUGACACAGAGGAAAAUUACUCCAGAGGAAGAAAUGUUUAAAAUGGCUGCCAAAAUAAAAACAUUUGAUGAAAUGGAACAAGAUGCAAAAGACAAAAAGGACAAUAGAAAAGAUAGUGAGUCCUCUAAGACCUUGGUAACCUCUGAUGCAGGAGAUGACAGCAUCAAGCUGUUUGUGCUUGCAUCCAAACAUGAAACAUCCUCUAUGGAUGAUGUUGGGUUUAUUGAGUCCAAACAAGCUUCAGAAGUAGCACGGUCUGUUGAACCGAUCAUUAAAGUACAACCUCCCUCUCCUUUUCCAGCAGGUACACAUAAGAGCCCCAAAACAGCUGAAGACAUUCACCAAACCGUGGCCCACAGUGCAGCAUCUCCAGCUGAAUCAACAGUGGGGGAACCUCAGUCUGUCUCAGAAAAGCAUACAGUGAAACCUCAGACCCUUCAAGAAUCAAACAGUGAGAAACAUAAGGACAAGGAAUAUGUUAAUUCAGAGUUAGCACAGUUGAACAAAACUGCCUCUAACAACAGCAAAGUCGCUGCUAAUAUAACAGAUGAGCAAAAGAGGAAAGUAAAAAGAUCCAGGGAAAGUCAAGAGAUUCAUGAACAGCAGAAUGAGGCAGCCAGUCACAAAAAAGAUAAUCACAAAUCACAUAGUCAGGAAGAGUGUAAUGUAACAGAUGAGAUUAAAGGUGAUUACAUGAAGCAUGCAGAGACGCCUUAUGUAGAUAUUUGUAGUGGCAGCCUAGAUAUUAAUUCUAUACCAAUUAUUAUUGGGCAAACUAAGGAAACGUUUAAACCAGAAAUAUGUAUUUAUGAUGACACAGAGGAAGAUGAUGCUGAAGAGGAACCUCCUAAGACCGAAUCUAGAGGAGUUACAGCAAAAGGAACAGAUGUCUGGAAUUCAAUGCGAGAAGAUGAUGAUGCAUUUGCAGCAAGACUCAAAGAGGAAGAGCAAAAGAUUUUGGGCCUGGUAGUAGAUUCACACUCCCAAGGGGAAACUCCUGACACACGGACUCCUACUGAGGAGGGUACGCCGACGAGUGAACGAAACCCUUUCCUCUUUCAGGAGGGAAAACUUUUUGAGAUGACAAGAAGCGGUGCGAUAGACAUGACAAAAAGAAGUUACGAAGAGGAAGGGUUUGCAUUUUACCAAAUAGGAGAGCAACCCAUUGAAGAGGGUAUAGCUGAAGAUGGAGGGGGCGAACCUGGUAGAGCAUCCAGUGAUGCUGUGAAUGAGGUUGGCUGCAACCUCUCCUUGAAAAUUAAGACAGAAGAGGAUAAUGACAUGUCUGAAGAGGCUGCAGAUUUAACUGUCCAUUCAUCAGCUGAGGCCGCAGUUACACUAUCAGAUGCCUCAAAGUCUAAGACCUCAGUCCAAUUAGGUGUUUCAAAAAAAACCUCAGAGAAGGACCAAACAAUGACAGAAACAGUACAGGUUAAAUCAGACAAUGUAAUAAAAGAGAGAAAUAUAGAGUCUGAUCUCAUUUCCUCUGACACUGUCAUAACCAAUAUUCAGACAGCAGAGUCAACAAUUACUAGAUCAGUUCAUUCCCAACAGGACCAAGAGUCCUCAGAUUCCUCACCAGAGGACCAGCACUCAGUUAUAGAAUUACCCAAAUCCCCUGAUAAAACAUCCCCUAUUUUGUCAAAAUCCCAAAGUACUCUAGUUUCUAAAAGUCAGCCUGCAGCCUCUUCAUCAGCUAGAAAAGCUAGAAAACCCACCUCCAAAGAGGAGGAGAAACCUAAAUCUAGAAUCCCUGUUAAAGCCAGCUCCCUGAAGUCAGAACCCCAGAGCCCUGUGAAUCAUGCAGAGCCAACUAAGGAUAAGAAGUCAAAGCUGCCAAUAAAACCUCAAUCAAGAAGAAAAUCUGAGACAGAUACGGGUCUAUCUGUAGGCUACAGCAUUACAAAGUCUUCCAAAGCCAAGAGCUUCUGUGAAAGUGAUUCUGCAAAGAAACCAACCAAAAAAGACCAGGGUCGCCCAGCAAGCACCGACUUUUCCAACAAAGUUAAGACGCUUCCAUCAAGACUACCGGUGAGGGGAAAGCCUGGGCAGCCGAUCCAAACCUCCACACCAGCAAAACAAAAAAAGGGCCUAUCCACUGACACAAAGAAACAGCCUGUAGCAUUUUCUGAAGAGAUUAGUCAUGAGGCAGCUAAGGUAGUAGAAAGUUUGGCUCAGGCAGAGAAAGAAAAAGAAGAGGCGGCUGCCCUGUCUGAUGACGAAAGCAGCACUAUCGAUGCCUCUGUAAUAGAGAUUGAACCUUUUCCUGACAUGCAAAUGCCUUUCCCUGAGGAUCCCUUGGUCAUUAGGCCCAGAUGGGACGACCCUGUUGAGACGCAGAUGGAACGAAUCCCUGCUGAUAGAGUCCGAAGUCAAGUAGAUCCACAGAUUGAGGCCGACAGGAGAGAAAGUCGUCUGGCUGUCAUGGCUGACCACCUUGGUUUCAGCUGGUUUGAAUUAGCUCGAGAGCUUGAAUUUAGUGAUUCUCAAAUCAGUCAAAUAAGAAAUGAGAACCCCAAUUCCCUACAAGACCAAAGCUAUGCCCUCAUAAAGCUAUGGAAAGAAAGAGAAGGCAAAAAUGCAGCAGAGAGCACUUUGAUAAAGACACUUACAAAAAUCAACCGCAUGGACAUUGUGCAUCUCAUUGAAACAAAGAUCAUGCUGUCGAGUCAGGAACACACCUAUGCAGAAAUUGAACAAACCAUAUCACUGGAUCAUAGUGAAGGUUUUUCAGCCCUGCAGGAGGACAUGGACAGCCCCGGGUCGGGCCGGCGAGCAGAAUUCACUCGGUCACAACUUGAACCUAUGGUGGCUUCUGUUGAGGAUCUCUCCUGCAAUGCAUCUGCUCUUCAUGAUUCCCAGACAGAGCAGAUGCUGACCGAAAAGAAAGUGGAGUCAGACAUGGUUGGAGGACAACAAAGUGGUUUUCAGUUUGUUGGACUAAUGCAGCAACUCCCAGGCACUAUCAAAAGAGAGAUAAAUGAAGAACUAGGUUUGCUGUCUGAUAGUUCAGAGGAGGAGGUGUUGACCACCCGAGUGGUGCGACGCAGAGUUAUUAUUCAGGGAGAUGACGUGCCAGAAAUUUCUCCUCAGACAGUGACAGAGGAACAGUACACGGAUGAACAUGGAAACAUGGUGAUCAAAAAGAUUACAAGGAAAGUGAUUCGUAAGUUUGUGUCAGCUGAUGGUGUUGAGAGAGAGGAGGUGAUGAUGAUGGAGGGUCCACAGCAGGAGGCCGUUCGUGUGGAUGAUGCCGAUGCUUUCUCUAAAGUGGUGAAGAGGACGGUUGUACGGAGCACUGGAGAUCAGACUCAGGUGACUUUCUCUGAACCUUUUGCUUAUGGUGGAGCGACGGCGUUCGAGGAAGAGCCGGUUCAAGGUCGAAAAGUCAGCAAAGUCGUCAAAACCACGGUCGUGCAAGGAGAACGGAUGGAGAAACACAUCGGAGAUCCCUCGCUGUCUUUAGAUCUCCCUUCAGCCAAAGACGACUUUGAAAAGGCUUUGAGUUUUGUAGGUUUUGGAAAGGUGCUCGUGCCUCAUUUAGUAGAAAGAGAGGUGGUGAAAGAGGACGGAUCUGUGGUCAGAAGGACCCGCAUGCAUAAGACGCGCACUCAGAAACGAACGGUAGUGAGGGACGGCCAAGCCAAACAAACUCAUCUGGAACGACUGGAAGACACUCCGGACACCCUGCGACCCGACGAUCUGCACCAACAUCUGCAUCAACUGCUUCAGCGCUACUGCACCCCUGAGAUCACAGACCAACCCGAUGAAGCACAAGACUCAGACGCAGGACAGACGGACGAUCCAGAAUAAGUUUUCAUCAUCAGCGGGUGGUUUGGUUGUGGCCGGUGUCCGUUGAAAUCCUUUUCAAAUGUAUGCGUGUAAACCCAGAGAGAAAGAGAAAACCACUGAUUUGGUUGUUCAUUGUU